ACUUCAACGCACCCACCCCCCCAGUACUUUUCUUGUUCUUCUCUCCUCCUCACCUUAUACAUUCUCUCUCUCUCUUCUCUGCUCAUAAUAAUAAUAAUAAUAAUUAUUAUUAUUAUUACUAUCAUAAUUUUUAAACCCCAUCUAUGUCCACAGAUUAACAUGUUCAAUAUAGGGGACGAGUUCACCCUAGACAGCUAUAGAAUUCCAUGGCUGAUUUGGAUUCAACUCAUAGUCUUGCUUCUCCUCCUUGCACUCCUCUUUUUCCUCACCGUCUUUCCUUUAGAUCCCGACGUCGGCGACGGUGACGCCGCCUCUCCGGUCACUGCUUCUACCACUGCCAAUGGGUUCCGUUUCGAUGAUAUUCAGCAGAUUGACAUACCACUCACCAACCAUGAUUCAACGGCCACUGUUGUAACUAACCGUCGACAGCAUACGCAGGGUGGACAGAACCAAAGUAUAAAAGGCGAGGUAGCAACAAGUUCAAGCCCGAGAAGGGAAGAGAUUACAGAGGGGGAGGCUUCAUCACUAAAUUUCCAUCCUUGUCAAUAUUUCCAAUUAGCCACAGUAGCAUUUCUCAAAUGUCUAGGCCUGGAUUCUGCAUCUGACAGUCCCUCAAACCGAAAACAUAGGAAAAGAAAAGAAAGCUGAUUAUGAAAAUUAUGUUAUUAUCAUUUAUGGAAA